AUGGAGCAAAAAAUGAACAAUCCUAUGGUUGAAUCACCAAAGAAAAGACCAUUUCAUGAAGAGUAUGAUGAUAAUAUAGAUGAAUCUUUCUUCUCUUCCUCAUCUUCUGAUUCUGAUCUUUCAAAUGAUAAUUCAUCUUUAGAAUUAUCAGAAUCUGAUUCAUUUGAAGAUGUCACAUCUCCGACUUCAUCUUCUUCAUUAAAUGACAUGUCUUCUCUGUUUCAACAACUUCCAAUCAAAAGGGGACUUUCAAAAUUCUACCAAGGAAAGUCACAAUCUUUUACAUCAUUAAAGAAUGUUCAAAGUUUAGAGGAUCUUGUGAAGCCAGAGAGUCCUUAUAACAAGAAGUUAAAGUCAUGUAAAAGCUAUGGAGGGUUUUAUGAGAACCAAGAUUCUAUGUGUAUUUUUAAAUCAACUAGUGCCAUGUCAAGGAAGGGGGUGUAUUCAGCAAAUUCAAGGGGUUCAUGUUCUUCAUUGAAUGCAAGAAGGGGUAAUGGAAGGAACUUUAUGGGUAGCAAGCCACCAGUUCAUCCUCAUGGAUCAUCUGCUAGCAAUAACAAUAUCUCUAAUCAAACUGCUUUGUUUGCUUGA